CGUGUGCGCGCGCCUGCGUGUAUGUGUAUAUCUCCGUUUGAAACUCUUCAAGUUCAGAAAUCGUGCAGACACGCAAAACAACGCAGCGUGUUCAACCUCCCGAGGAUCAUCCGAGGAUGAGACUGGUUUUGUUUGUUUGCUUGUUUUUGUAGCGUUUGCUGGAAACAACUUUAUAUUUUAGGGAAGUUUGCAGCUGUCAAGUCUCGGGAGAAGUUUGGUGAAGGUUGAGCGCUGUGUGGUGCAGACUGUCAUUAAGGGCAGUUCAGAGAAGGAAAAAAGUUUUUUUGGGGUAGAACAUGACGAGGACGCGACUUUUCACCUCGCAAACGGCACUUUUCCUUCUUCUUCUUCUCCUUCUUCUUCUUCCUCCUCUUGCGCUUUUGAGGUGUGCUUAAAAUCAGUGCAGAGGAAGAAUAUGAGUUCCUGAAACAGCUGGAUUUAAAGGAUAGAUUCUGGUCUCUUGGCUCUCAGCUCCAGAGCAGAUGUGGGAGGAGGACCGUAGCCCCGGUGCCAGCUCGCCUCAGCCUCCAGAUGGUGCCCAUCUCGGCCCAGAGAGCUCACCAGUGGAGUGUCCCAAUGGCCUCAACUCAGGCGCGGAUGCGAGCGGCGAAAACGCAGAGCAGCAGCCACGUAUGGAGGAAACAACGAACCCGGACCACGUCGACAACAACAACAGUCUAUCACAGCUGGAGUUCAGCAACACGCCCAGCAAAAGCAUCACAUGUCAACCUCAGGCCAGGUCUACGCCCUUGCACAAGUUGUUAACCAGCCCUUCUGAGUCUCCAAAAAACAAGUCUCAGAAACACAGGAUGCACAGCAACGGAGUUAAGAACGGAGCAGCGCUCUUGCGGGCAGCAUCUUCCACGUCCUCGUCUUCAUCUGCGCAACAUAAGAGCCCUAAGAAGUUGCAGUCAAACCCUUCAAUCAACAGCCAAAGCAGCAAAAGGAGUAAAGGAAGCUCCAAGUCCAACAGCUCGCAGAUCCCUACAGAGGCCCAGGAUGACUGCUGUGUGCACUGCAUCCUGGCCUGCCUGUUCUGCGAAUUCCUAAUGCUGUGCAACAUUGUGCUGGAUUGUGCCACGUGCGGCUCGUGCUCCUCCGACGACUCGUGCUUCUGCUGCUGCUGCGCUUCGGAAGAAUGUGGCGACUGCGAGCUCCCGUGCGACAUGGACUGCGGCAUCAUUGACGCCUGCUGCGAGUCUGCCGACUGCCUCGAGAUUUGCAUGGAGUGCUGCGGCCUCUGUUUCUCAUCCUAAACCUCCUAUAGGGGGCACUGCUGUGCUCACUUAAAACUUCUAGAGAGUUCUAGGUGGGAAAAGCCAUUCGGGGACGCCUUACUGGGCUUCAAGGCUGAGUUGCCUUGGGUUAAAAUGAGACGGCCGAUUUUCAGUUCUGCCUUCCUGAGCUUUCGGUUCGGGUUUCAGAUCAGUGUACGUGAAGUCGGAGGCUUUUCGAAUCGACCUCAGAUUUAGCAAACAUUCUGGGACAUUUGACAUUGUCUUUUUUUUUUUUCCUCCAGUCUGCUUUUUGACUCUCACUUUGGAUCCAUCUUCAGUUUUUAAAUGCAGCCGGAAGAGAAACUUUUGACACACAGCCUCGCUAAUGGUUGCACAUGCCUUUCACUCCAUUUUCUUCUCAUUCUAGUUUCCAACAUACACAUUUAUUCAAAGAGUGACUCACCACCGUUGCUUGUCAUUUUGGUGAACCGAAUCCCAAAGCAUCCAUGUGAAAAUUCAUAUUGUAGAUCAUGAAAUUAUGAGGUAACUUUAAAAGUGUUCUUAAAAUCCAAUAAAGACUAAAAGAUCUCCAUAUAA